AUGGUUCAAAUCAAGGCAGCUGCCCUGGUUAUCCUUUUCGCUGGCCAAGUGCUUUCUGGACUUGUUGAACCCCGACAGGCAUCCGUGAGCAUUGAUGCCAAAUUCAAGACACACGGGAAGAAAUAUCUUGGCAACAUUGGUGACCAGUACACUUUGAACAAGAAUGCAAAAACCUCGGCAAUCAUCAGAGCCGACUUCGGUCAACUGACACCAGAGAACAGUAUGAAGUGGGAUGCUACUGAGCCAAACCAAGGGCAGUUCUCCUUCACAGGGUCGGACUAUCUGGUCAAUUUUGCUCAGUCAAAUGGGAAGUUGAUCCGUGGCCAUACUCUUGUGUGGCACUCCCAGCUCCCAUCCUGGGUAUCUUCCAUUACAGACAAGACCACUUUGAUAAAUGUCAUGAAGAGUCACAUUACCACAGUCAUGAACCGUUAUAAGGGCAAAAUCUACGCCUGGGAUGUUGUGAAUGAAAUAUUCAACGAUGACGGUUCCCUACGCAACAGUGUAUUCUAUAAUGUUAUCGGCGAGGACUUUGUACGAAUCGCUUUCGAAACAGCUCGUGCUGUCGACCCAAAUGCAAAGCUCUAUAUCAAUGACUACAGCCUGGAUUCCGCCUCCCAUCCUAAAGUGAACGGUAUGGUCAGCCAUGUCAAGAAGUGGAUUGCUGCCGGUGUUCCCAUUGAUGGAAUCGCUCUUAAUGCUCUAGCAAGUGCGGGAACGAAGGAGGUUGCCAUCACAGAGCUUGAUAUUGCUGGCGCCAGCCCUACCGACUAUGUGAACGUCGUAAAAGCAUGUUUGACCCAACCAAAGUGUGUUGGGAUCACAGUUUGGGGAGUGGCUGACCCUGAUUCGUGGCGCUCCAGCUCUAGUCCUCUGCUUUUCGACAGUAACUACAAUCCCAAGGUUGCAUAUAAUGCUAUCGCAAAUGCCCUCUAA